UGAAUCAAUGAAGUCAUUUUCUCUGUUUCUAUUUUCUAUACAUAUUUCUAGAUAUUUGGAUAACAAUUCAAUAACCAUCAUCACGGAAUAUACGUUCAUGAAUUUGAAUAAUGUUCAUGUAUUGAGUCUAUCACACAACGACAUAGAGACAAUUGCUGAGGAAGCGUUUCAUAAUCUUUCGGAACUAAGAGAGCUAAAUAUAUGCCACAACAAAAUUGUUCGGCUGAAUCCAGCAAUAUUCAUCAACCAAGACCGACUGAAACGAUUAUGCCUAGGAAACAAUCCUGUAGUAUUCAUACCCAAUGAUUGCUUCAAAAAUCUGGUUGAUCUAGAAUAUCUGAAUCUUGAAGAUGUCAGAAUCGAGAAUAUAAAUACGGCCAUGUUUCAAUCAUUACAUAAUCUAGAAUCCGUCGAUUUCAUUUCUCACUACUACUGCCAGUAUGUUCCUAAUCAACAUAACUGCAGACCUAAUGGUGACGGUAUAUCUUCAUCUACGAAUAUUUUAUCAAAACCAAUGUUUCGAUACUGGAACUGGAUUAUAUCAUCAGUAAUAUGUAUAGGAAAUUUCCUAGUCAUUUUCAGCAGGCUCCUCUGCAAGGAUGACAACCCAAUGUUGAGUUUGGUCAUCAGAAAUUUAGCAGUGAGUGAUUUUUUGAUGGGCGUCUAUCUUGUGAUAAUUGGAAUUAAAGAUGUCAAAUACAGGAAUAGAUACAAUGAAGUAGUACAAGAGUGGAAGGCCUCUUGGGAAUGUACUAUUACAGGAAUUGUGGGGAUGCUUUCAUCCGAGGUCACAGUGUGUAUUCUUGUUUUCAUUUCUGUCGAUAGAUUCUUGAUGAUCACUUCACCUUUAGGAAAACGUAGUUUACAGAACAAGAAACAUACUAUGACUAUUCUAUGUAUCAUCUGGUUCCUCGGAAUAUUGAUAGCAGUAGCUCCAGUUUUCAGGUAUGCAAAUGAUGAUGACAGAUUCUACGGUGUAACAGGAUUAUGCUUUCCUCUACACAUUGGUAACACGUACUUUACUGGAUGGCAGUAUUCUGCUGUUAUAAUUUUUGGAAUAAAUGCUACAAGUCUUAUCAUCAUUGCUGUGGUGUAUGUAACCAUGUUCGUUAGCAUUUGGAAAACUAGGAAUGCUACUCCUUUGCCAAGAAAAGAAUAUGACUUUGUUGUUAGAUUCUUCUUUAUAGUUUUCAUCUACACUAUAUGUUGGCUUCCCAUAAUAAUUUUGAAGGCCACGGUAUUCUUCAGUGAGAUUUCAGAUGAAUUUUAUGGUUGGUUAAUUGUUUUCGUACUUCCAAUCAAUUCUGCAUCAAAUCCAGUUUUGUACACAUUCACUUCUCCAAGAUUCACAGCAAGAAUUAGAAAAUCAUUUGCUGUGGAAAACAUUGUUGCUAAGAAUAAUGAAUACACGUCUCCUGCUGUUUCUACGGAAGUGAAGGAUGACCUUGAUUAUGGAAAAAAUGAUGCAAAUCAAGUGAAAAUUGUUGUAAACAAAUUCUGA